CUACACAUUCCUUCAUCGGAUCUGUAGGGCCACUGUUGUUACGCUUAACAUCACGACUUAAUACUAUAUUCAGCUCACCGCGAACCUACACAAGGCUACCUCCUGAAAUCGUUCCGCGACUUCCUAGACUUGUCACGAUGUCUGAUCCAUCACAACUCAAUAUGGGCGGGCUCAGUCUCAAUGAGUCUCAGCAUGCCCCCGGUCAAAACGGUGGAAUCCAUGAACGGUCUGCCUAUAUACCUCCUCACCUUCGGGGUCGAUCCAACGGACCUCGACCAAACUCGAUCAACUCAGGACCAGCACCUGGCCCACCACCGAUGAUGAACGGUGGUGACAACGGCAUGAACGGUAGUGCGUGGGCAAAUAACCAACAAGGCGGACGUUUCGGUGGACCUGCUCCUGGUGGCAACUGGGCUAACGCUCCUAACUUCACUCCUCGCGAGAAUGGCCAUCAAGGCGGUGGAUACGGUAAUAAAGCUGCCUUCGACCCAAAUGCAUACGGAAAGCCUAGUGGAGGUCAAGGUGGUGGUGCUCGUGCCCAGGGCUCUGGCGAUGGCCGAUGGCAGGACGGGAAGCACGUUCCGGGCCCCGCAAACCAGCGGGUAGAGCGUGAGCUCUUCGGCGUUCCAAACGACCCAUCUAAGCAGCAGACUGGUAUCAACUUUGAGAAGUACGACGACAUUCCCGUUGAGGCAUCUGGAACUGGUGUACCUGAACCAGUCACUACUUUCACCAACCCACCGCUAGAUGACCACCUUAUUGGUAACAUCGAGCUGGCCGGCUACAAGGUUCCAACUCCUGUUCAGAAAUACUCUAUUCCAAUUGUCAUGGGUGGCCGUGACUUGAUGGCUUGUGCCCAGACAGGUUCCGGAAAGACCGGUGGUUUCCUAUUCCCCAUUCUUUCGCAAGCCUAUCAGCAUGGUCCAAGUGCUCCUCCAGCACAAGGCGGUGGCUACGGUCGUCAGCGCAAGGCGUUCCCCACUUCGCUUAUCCUAGCUCCAACUCGUGAGCUCGUUUCUCAGAUCUUUGAUGAGGCGAGGAAGUUUGCUUAUCGUUCAUGGGUCCGACCAUGUGUGGUCUACGGCGGUGCCGACAUUGGGUCUCAGCUUCGCCAGAUCGAGCGUGGCUGUGAUCUUCUCGUCGCUACUCCUGGACGUCUAGUCGACUUGAUUGAACGUGGCCGUAUCUCUUUGCAAAACAUCAAAUACCUUGUCCUCGAUGAGGCUGAUCGUAUGCUUGAUAUGGGUUUCGAGCCUCAAAUUCGACGCAUUGUGGAAGGAGAAGACAUGCCUCCAACGGCAGGCCGUCAAACUCUCAUGUUCUCGGCCACUUUCCCUCGUGACAUUCAGAUGCUCGCGCGCGAUUUCUUGAAGGACUACAUUUUCUUGUCGGUUGGUCGUGUCGGUUCUACGUCCGAAAAUAUUACCCAGAAGGUCGAGUAUGUCGAAGACAUCGACAAGCGUUCUGUACUUUUGGAUAUUCUCCACACACAUGGGGCUGGGCUUACUCUGAUCUUCGUCGAAACUAAACGCAUGGCCGACUCCCUUUCCGACUUCCUCAUUAAUCAAGGGUUUCCAGCUACCUCCAUCCAUGGCGACCGUACUCAACGCGAACGUGAGAAGGCCUUGGAAAUGUUCCGCACCGGUCGCUUCCCAAUUCUUGUGGCAACAGCUGUUGCUGCCCGUGGUCUCGAUAUUCCAAACGUUAAGCAUGUCGUCAACUACGAUUUACCCACCGAUAUCGACGACUACGUCCAUCGUAUUGGUCGUACCGGCCGUGCUGGAAACACUGGUAUCUCAACUGCGUUCUUCAAUCGCGGAAAUCGUGGUGUUGUUCGUGAUCUUCUCGAGCUUUUGAAGGAAGCCAAUCAAGAAGUUCCUCAGUUCCUCGAGGCUAUUGCUCGUGAGAGCAGUGGUUUUGGUGGUGGUCGAGGAGGUCGCUCAGGCGGCCGUGGUCGCGGCGCUGGUGCUACUCGUGAUGUUCGUCGUUACGGUGGAGGCGGUGGCGGUGGCGGUGCCCAGGGCAGUGGUUUCGGCGGCGGAAACUGGGGCGGCCAACAAGCAGGUGGCUACGGUGGAGGUCCAGGAAAUUUCUCUGGCCCACCUCCUGGCGGCUUUUCUGGCGGCAACAUGGGCGGAGGUGGUGGCUUCGGGGGAGGCUACGGAAAUCCAUCUGGCGGACCUGCCGGAGGAAACAGUUGGUGGUAAUCUACUCGCAUCGCCGGCCUCAACUCGUCACGGCCCCGCGGCUCUUGAUAUGCUCUAUUGCUUAUCGACAUCACCCGACGAGCACACUCGACUAUCGAGUACUUUCCCUGUUUCUUUUCCAACGUUUAGAGUUUGCCUUUGAUUUAUCUCCUUUCGAUACCUCUGGACUCACCAGCAAGCCCGGAACUUCGCGAUCAUACCCAACAGCAUAUAGACAGCGUCGAGAUUCUUUGCCUUACACUGCUGGGGCUCACUUGCAUACUGGAGCUUGAACGCAUACGCGAACGGUCGCAUGCUCCAUCACGCCGAUGGAUACGAUAUUGUCUUAGCGAGCGAGCAAAAGAGGAAGUUUGCUUGCCUGCCUAGACAACCCCGAUACGAUAUGC